CGGUGACCUGGGCACCAGUAUGAUUACGGGUUAUCCGUCACUCUGCAGAGAGGUGUUUCUCUUAUUCCAGACACGCGGAAGGCUUCAAGUCGCGUACAUUCAUGUACGCGGUGACAUCACUUAGUUACGUAAAUGUUUAUAGCAACGGCGCGUUACUCUCACGGCCGCACACAGGAGCACACAGUACUGCCACAUGGAUGAAGAAAAGCCCGAUCUCUCUACGGAAAGCGGCACGACCGCACCGAAAACAAGUGAUGUGUACAGAGUAGACAAAAACCUUCCCGUACGAUUCAACAACCCGGACUGCUUUCGAGGGUACAGCAAAAAAUCUACCCACCCGUUAUAUCAGACAUCAAACCAGACUUACGGAAGCAAGAAACCGACUGUCCAUGAAAUGCCUACAACCUUCAACGGGACUAACAGGAAGUUUUCUGAGCAGAAACUCAAAAGCGGCAUGUACAGAGAUAAUGGCUUCAACACAUAACCCAACAUAACGGUCAUGUAUGACAAGCGGCCCAGACGUCUUUGUGAAUACAGUUAUCAUGACACUGUCUUGUCUGCUAAUAAAGAGAACUAACUUUACCCAAAACUAAGACUAAAUAAAUAAAAAUUAUUUUGCUAUUGCAGUCUGGAAGACCAAUAAAGAUAUAUAUACUUUCAUA